UAGCAGCACAGAGCCCGUCAUCUGUGUGAGCAGGUGACACGUAGGCUGGCUGACUGUGUGCUAAACAGGUGGAGCGAGAAAACACUUCUGAUUAAAACUUCCACCUUAGAUUACAGCCCAGCUGGGGUUUUCCUCUUGGUUUCCAGAGUGGAGGUCACCAACUAGUUUUCACAAUGUUUGAUGGGGAUUAUGACUACCUCAUCAAAUUUUUAGCGCUAGGGGACUCUGGAGUUGGAAAGACAAGUUUUCUCUAUCAGUAUACAGAUGGGAAAUUUAACUCCAAGUUCAUCACAACGGUCGGCAUAGACUUCCGAGAAAAGCGAGUGGUAUAUCGAUCAAACGGUCCCGAUGGCAUGACCGGCAGAGGACAAAGGGUUCACUUACAGUUAUGGGACACUGCAGGGCAGGAAAGGUUUCGCAGUCUGACAACUGCAUUCUUCAGAGAUGCCAUGGGUUUUCUUCUGCUUUUUGAUUUAACGAAUGAGCAGAGCUUCCUCAAUGUCAGGAACUGGAUAAGCCAGCUGCAAACCCAUGCAUACUGCGAGAACCCAGACAUUGUGCUGUGUGGAAAUAAAAGUGAUCUGGACGAUCAGAGAGUGGUGAAGGAAGAGGAGGCUAAGGAAUUUGCAGAGAAAUAUGGAAUUAAUUACUUUGAAACAAGUGCCGCAGACGGGACAAACGUCAACAAAGCAGUGGAGACCUUGCUGGACCUGAUCAUGAAGCGCAUGGAACGGAAUAUAGGGCAGAAUAAAUACCAGCACAAUUUCAUCAGGGCUGGUGCUAAGCGAUGACAUUGUAUGUGCCAAGUGUGCUUUUUGGGACCCUUUUUGGAUAGAGACAUUUCCUUAUUGGUCCUGGUGAGACAUGCUUCACAAGAUCUCAUGUUACGAGGUGCCAAAUUAUAAAGCUUGGGUUGGAAAUGGUUAAUGAGGAUCACAAUUGUCUUGCUAAUUGUGCUUUUCAAUUUUCUUUUGGUGUAAAGGUGUUUUUUUCCCUUUUCACUUUGAUUUCUUGUAUGUAAUGUGACUGAAUUAGGAUAGUAUAAUAUAAAUGUUUUGAGUCAUUUGACCAAAAUGGCUUGACUCUUAAUGUACAAUAAUCUUAGAGUAAAUUAAAUAAAUAAAUUCUGACCAAAGGUCUAAAAACAGCUUCAAUUAAAAGGUUUCUUAACCA